AUGAAACUCUAUAUCCAUAACGAUUUGUCUUCAAGUUCCUUCGUUUUCGUUCGAGUUGAUUCAGUGAAAAGACCCCUACAACCACCGAACGAAGGACCUUACAAAGUCCUCAAAUGCAAACCAAGAUAUUUCAUUCUUGACCGCAACGGCACUAAGGACUCCGUCAUCAUCGACAGGUUGAAACCGGAUUAUGUGGAAUCCUCGGCUUGCCUACCCGUCUUCUUCUACCGUUCCUGUUGA